GGAAUCAUCAGCGGAUUUUGUAAAAAGCAAGUCGUUUUAAACACAGCAAGUUAUGAAUAUAAAUUUUGUUGGACAGCGUUUGACCAGUGCGCACGUUUGCUGAGUGUGCACCUUAGGAUAUUAACAAAAUCCUUGACUGUGUCGUGUGCUUUAGUUCUCAGCGUCGAGGUGAUAAGAACGGUCUCAACGAUUGUCGUUCGGAAGAAAUUUUUAAAGUUGUAUUUGAAGUGUUGAGUGAAAAUUAAAAAAUAAAAAAGUUUGAAUAUACCCAAAAGAAAAUGUAAUUAAUAACGGACUUAAAAGAAUAAGAUGAGACCCGUUUCGGACGAAUAGAACACGUUUCGGUAAAGAGAUGGACUUACGACGGGAGAAAUGAGUGCGGGCUUCGCUGCGGUCGAAGUUUUCCUUUUGUUUUUCGCCACCGGCGAAGCGAUUCUUCACGGUUAUGGGUCGGGAGAUGGCAAUUCGAAGAUGCAGCAGAUCGACGACGAACCGUCUUUCGGAUGUCAAUGGUUAGGAGGAAUGGGAUCUGCCCUUGAAUGUACAUGUUCAGAUGAUACAACGCAGGUAAUGGUAAUUCAAGAAGACUCGUUUCUGUACCACGACCUUAACGCCAUAAGAAUAAGAAAAUGUCCGGUGGUUACAUUUGGUGAAAAUUCAAUUAAAACAAUGCGCACCCUUCGAGAAAUUGAAUUAAGCGAUAUUUCCGAGUUAAAUUUAAAUGAGAGAUGUUUUCAUUGGGAAGGAUAUGCAGCGGCAAUUGAUUUAAACACUCCUUCGUUAAAAGUAAUAGUGAGAAACACAACGAUUAAACAAAUAGCCAGUUACAGUUUUAUGGGUAAAAUCAAUAGGAUAGAAUUUGACAAAACUAAAAUAGAAAAUAUAGCCCCAUUCGCGUUUUCUUCGAUUAGUCAAAGUCAAAACAUAGCGUUUUACAAUUCGCAUAUAAUUAACAUGCAACCUUCAGCGUUUAAAAAAUUUUCCACUGAAAAUUUAAAUAUUCAUAAUUCGAAGUUUGAAUAUUUACCCAGUCGAUCAUUCUCGGAUUUAAUCGUAUGGGACAAUUUUAUGAUAAGCAAUACUAAUAUGACAACGGUCCACCCAGGAGCAUUUAUAAUAGAUAAUCCACAAAGAUUUGAAGUUACCAAUAGUAAUUUUUCCCAUUUAGACGGCGAAGCUUUUAGAAUAAUGACUCGAGGCGAUGUUGUUUUUCGAAGCUGCAUUCUUAACACAACUUAUAGUCCCUUUAUCGGGAUCAGCUUAAACCUCCGCGACACUUCAGUACGAAAGCUGAUUAUAUUAGAUAACGUCAUGUUCAACGAGAUAACAACAAAAACAUUUAAAAUAAACACCACCGGAUUCGAUUUAAAGAUCAACAACAUAUUUACUCAAGAACCGUGUGAUUGUAGGAGAAUAACUCAAUUAGAAAACGAUUACCAAUUGGAAAGCAUUUAUUGUUUCGAAGACACCCCGACUAGUUACCAAGAAUACAAAGGCUCGAGUUGUUCCAUCUUAGCUAGCAACGCGACGUUAAUCAUCGUUUUAUGUACGGCAUUAAUAUUAGUGAUUUUAAUCGGCACCGGAUUAUGGUGUUAUUUUAAAAAGGUUUAUAGAUGCGAUAAAUAUGGAGAAGAAAAAAACGAUAAAUCAGGAAAAUUAAAUAUGAUUGUACCGGAUGGAAGAACAUAUAGAGAAACUGAAUUACAUGUUAUUGUAGAACGAACUGAUUUGCUCACUACGGAUUUGUAGAUAUUAUUUUGUUAAGUUGUAGAUCUCUUGUACAUUUUUAUUUAUUAUGUUAUUUCUGUGUUGUAGCAUCAGUAUUCCUAGACGUUAAAAAGAUAAUAAUAAAGUGAGGCUUUAAUGUU